AUGCAAAAGGUUGUGUCCAUGGCUAAGCUUCUUGGUGGUAUCGGGGAUUUUCUUGGUGAAAAGCUUUCUGUGCCUAGGCAUGAAGAGAUAGUGGUGGUGCCUAGUUCUUCAGUGACACCACCAUCGCCAUUUACUGACUCACUUUCAGUUGAUCUUGGUUCCAGCUCUAUGUUUCGGAGUGCACUGGGCUCGCCUGUAGUUUUUUCCCAGCCAGAAAAGUCUUCCGGGUUUGACAAAUUGAGAACUACGUCUCCCUCCUUGCCUUUUGAGGCCUAUCCUCCGUGUUGGGCGAUUACUAGGGAUUCCUUACUAUCGGAAGUCGUCACCACCUAA